AGAUUUUUUAGUUUAAAGCUCAGAAUUAGAAAACUUUUUGUAAAACCCUAGCAAAACCUUCCCCUGUUGUGUUUUCAGUAAGAAAAGUAAAAAUGGCGUUUAGUUCGAUUCUUCGCAACAAGUCUAGUACUUUCGUUAGGGCUUUUGCUUCUGCUGCUCAAUUGAUGAGAAAAACCCAACCGGGUUAUCGUACCGUUCUUUUUGCCGCUGUUAAUCGGUACGAGGAUUCGUUUGUUCCUAGGUUUCAUUUUUCUUCUGUAGCUGUUAAAAACAAGCCCAACUCCGACGAGAAUCUUCUCCGUGUGAUUGAAGCCGAAAUCAAUUGCGCCCUUGAAACCGAUGAUCAAAGCGCCGUUGAGGAGGUUCCCAAUAAUUUUCCAUUUAAGAUAGUUGAUAGUGCUGGACAACAAACAAUAACACUUGAAAGGAGUUAUCAAGGUGAAGAAAUUAAGGUUGAGGUUCAUAUGCCUGAUUUGGUUACUGGUGAAGAACAUGAUAAUGAGGAUGAUGAUAAGGAUAAUGAAAGUGAGGCAGCAACACAAUCAAGCAUUCCACUUUCAGUAAGUGUUUCAAAGAAAGGUGGACCUUCUUUGGAGUUCAGUUGUGUGGCUUACCCUGAUGAGAUUGUCAUUGACAGCUUGUCUGUUAAGAAUCCUGAUAUUUCUGAUGGUCAGAUUCCUUAUGAAGGACCAGAUUUUCAGAAUUUGGAUGAAAGUCUGCAAAAGACUUUCCACAAGUACUUAGAAAUUAGGGGAAUCAAACCAAGCACAACCAAUUUCUUGCAUGAGUACAUGAUCAACAAGGAUAGUAGAGAAUACUUGGAGUGGUUGAAAAAGCUCAAGAAUUUCAUUCAAGCAUGAGCAUGGACAUGGUUUGAAGAAAGCACAGAGGAUAUUCAAUUUUUGUCCAAUCAUUUGCGUACACAUUUGAAGGGACAAGAUUAAUGUAUCAUAUCACCGCGGAUUCAUUCGAAGGAGAAAAAUAAUCAGAUAUUUUGUUGCUGUGGUUUAAGUUCAGUUCCUGCUUCUAUUUAUGUGGUGCAUUGUGAUUGAAAAUGUUUGUUUAUGUUAUUUGAGUUAUGCUUACUCAAAAGGUUUAUCAAAGAUUAUCAAGUUGCAUGCAAUAUCUAUGUAGCCUUAGUAAAGCUGAUUCUAGUAUUUUAUUAGUGUCUUUGUAGCUUCUUCUAGUAUUUUAUUAGUGUCUUUGUAGCUUCUUCUAAACUUGAUGUGAAAAUCAAGCUACUAGAUGUAGCUUCUUGUCAAUGAUGUCUAUGAAGCAAAUACAUAAUAAGUCGUUUUUGGAAUUAA